GGGGCGCGCACGGCGGCGCGGCCACCCGGUCCAGCAGGUGACCGCUGGCGCGGCCGUGGUCGGAGGGAAGCUUGGUGCCGGCGCUAGCUGCGCGGAGCCGAGACAGCCCAAUAGUCUGAGGGAAGUUUGCCGGAACAUGGCGGAAGAGCCCGGGGCGCCCUGCAGAGCGACGGGGCCACGGACGACGUCUGAGGAGCUGUAGCCGCCGCAGCAGCCACCGCUGUCGCCGCCGCCGCGGGGUGAGGUCGCCGCCAUGGCCCGCUGGAUCCCGACCAAGAGGCAGAAGUACGGGGUUGCAAUUUAUAACUACAGUGCCUCUCAAGAUGUGGAACUCUCCUUGCAGGUUGGUGACACAGUCCACAUCCUGGAAAUGUACGAGGGUUGGUACAGAGGAUAUACCCUUCAAAAUAAAUCGAAAAAGGGUAUCUUCCCUGAAACAUAUAUCCAUCUGAAAGAAGCAACUGUGGAAGACAGAGGGCAGAAUGAGACCGUGAUUCCUGGCGAGCUGCCACUGGUGCAGGAGCUCACGUCCACUCUGCGAGAAUGGGCCGUCAUCUGGCGCAAGCUCUACGUGGACAACAAGAUCACACUAUUCCGCCAGCUGCAGCAGAUGACAUACAGCCUGAUUGAGUGGCGGUCCCAGAUACUGUCUGGGACUCUCCCCAAGGAUGAACUGGCAGAGCUCAAGAAGAAGGUCACAGCUAAAAUUGAUCAUGGGAACAGAAUGCUGGGGUUAGAUCUGGUGGUGCGAGAUGACAAUGGGAACAUCUUGGAUCCAGAUGAAACCAGCACUAUUGCUCUCUUCAGGGCCCAUGAAGUGGCCUCCAAAAGGAUUGAGGAAAAGAUCCAAGAAGAAAAGUCCAUUCUACAGAACCUGGACUUACGAGGUCAGGUCAUCUUCACUACCGUGCACACGUAUGGCCUCUAUGUGAACUUCAAGAACUUUGUCUGCAACAUUGGGGAAGACGCAGAGUUGUUCAUGGCUCUCUAUGACCCAGACCAGUCCACUUUCAUCAGUGAAAACUAUCUUAUUCGUUGGGGCAGUAAUGGGAUGCCGAAAGAAAUAGAGAAGCUUAACAACCUUCAAGCAGUGUUUACUGACCUCAGCAGUACGGACCUCAUCCGGCCACGCAUUAGCCUUGUGUGCCAGAUUGUCCGGGUAGGCCACAUGGAGCUGAAGGAGGGCAAGAAACACACCUGUGGGCUGCGAAGGCCUUUCGGAGUGGCAGUGAUGGACAUUACUGAUAUCAUACAUGGGAAGGUGGAUGAUGAGGAAAAGCAGCAUUUUAUUCCCUUUCAGCAAAUUGCUAUGGAAACCUACAUCCGGCAGAGGCAGCUCAUUAUGUCACCCUUGAUAACGUCACAUGUGAUUGGAGAGAAUGAGCCACUCACGUCAGUCUUGAAUAAGGUGAUAGCAGCGAAGGAGGUGAAUCACAAAGGACAAGGACUUUGGGUUUCCUUGAAGCUACUGCCAGGUGAUCUCUCACAAAUUCAGAAGAAUUUUUCCCAUUUGAUUGAUAGAUCAACAGCAAUAGCUCGGAAAAUGGGCUUCCCUGAAAUUAUACUGCCAGGAGAUGUUCGGAAUGACAUUUACAUCACCUUGAUCCACGGGGAGUUUGACAAAGGGAAGAAGAAGACACCCAAGAAUGUAGAGGUGACCAUGUCUGUGUUCGAUGAGGAAGGCAACCUCUUAGAGAAAGCAGUCCAUCCUGGAGCUGGCUAUGAAGGUGUUUCAGAAUACAAAUCAGUGGUGUAUUACCAAGUGAAGCAGCCCUGUUGGUAUGAGACUGUCAAGGUGUCCAUUGCAAUAGAAGAGGUUACACGCUGUCACAUAAGAUUUACUUUCCGACAUAGGUCAUCUCAGGAAUCCAGAGAUAAGUCAGAGCGCCCCUUUGGAGUGGCCUUUGUGAAGCUGAUGAACCCGGAUGGUACCACUCUGCAGGACGGGAGGCAUGAUCUGGUGGUUUAUAAGGGUGACAAUAAGAAAAUGGAAGAUGCUAAAUUCUAUUUGACCUUGCCUGGAACCAAGGUGGAAAUGGAAGAAAAAGAGCUUCAAGCAUCCAAAAACCAGGUCACCUUUACCCCAAGCAAGGAUAGCACAAAAGACAGCUUUCAGAUUGCCACCCUCAUUUGCUCCACAAAGCUCACCCAGAAUGUUGACCUGUUAGGCUUGUUAAAUUGGCGCUCCAACUCGCAGAACAUUAAACACAACCUAAGGAAGUUAAUGGAGGUGGAUGGAGGAGAGAUUGUGAAGUUUUUGCAAGAUACGCUAGAUGCGCUUUUUAACAUAAUGAUGGAAAUGUCAGACAAUGAAACGUAUGACUUCCUUGUGUUUGAUGCACUGGUGUUUAUAAUUUCACUGAUUGGAGAUAUCAAGUUCCAGCAUUUUAACCCUGUACUUGAAACCUACAUUUACAAGCACUUCAGUGCCACGUUGGCCUAUGUGAAACUCUCCAAGGUACUGAACUUUUAUGUGGCUAAUGCAGAAGACUCCAGCAAGACGGAGUUACUUUUUGCUGCUUUGAAAGCCUUGAAGUACUUGUUUAGAUUCAUCAUCCAAUCGCGAGUGCUCUACUUGAGAUUCUAUGGCCAGAGCGAAGAUGGAGAUGAGUUUAAUAAUUCAAUCCGCCAGUUAUUCCUCUCUUUCAAUAUGCUAAUGGACAGGCCUCUGGAGGAAGCUGUCAAGAUCAAGGGGGCAGCUUUGAAGUACCUUCCUAGCAUAAUUAAUGAUGUCAAACUGGUGUUUGAUCCCACAGAGCUCAGUGUGCUCUUCUGCAAGUUCAUUCAGAGCAUUCCCGACAACCAGUUAGUUCGGCAGAAACUGAACUGCAUGUCCAAGAUCGUUGAGAGCAGUCUUUUUCAGCAGUCAGAGUGCAGAGAUGUGCUGCUGCCACUGCUGACAGACCAGCUCAGCGGCCAGUUAGACGACAACUCCAGCAAGCCUGAUUAUGAGGCCAGCUCGCAGCUCCUGAGCAACAUCCUAGAGGUGCUGGACAGGAAGGAUGUGGGUCCCACAGCCUCACACAUAACGAUGAUAAUGGUGCGCCUGCUGCGGAGGAUCAACCGGACGGUGAUUGGGAUGAACCGGCAGUCUCCCCACAUUGGGAGUUUUGUGGCUUGCAUGAUUGCCAUCCUGCGGCAGAUGGAAGACAGUCACUACAACCACUACAUCAGCACCUUCAAAACCAGACAAGACAUCAUUGACUUCCUCAUGGAAACUUUUAUCAUGUUUAAGGAUCUGAUUGGAAAGAAUGUUUAUGCCAAGGACUGGAUGGUAAUGAAUAUGACCCAGAGCAGGGUUUUUCUCCGUGCCAUCAAUCAGUUUGCCGAGGUUCUCACGAGAUCUUUCAUGGAUCAGGCAGGCUUUGAACUUCAGCUCUGGAACAAUUACUUCCAUUUGGCAGUAGCAUUUCUCACCCAUGAGUCCCUUCAACUUGAAACCUUCUCACAAGCCAAACGCAGCAAAAUUGUAAAAAAAUAUGGGGACAUGAGAAAGGAAAUCGGCUUUAGAAUCCGGGACAUGUGGUAUAACCUGGGUCCCCAUAAAAUCAAAUUCAUUCCAUCUAUGGUGGGUCCUAUCCUGGAGGUCACUCUGACCCCUGAAGUAGAGCUCCGGAAAGCCACAAUCCCCAUUUUCUUUGAUAUGAUGCAGUGUGAGUUCAAUUUCAGUGGAAAUGGCGAUUUCCAUAUGUUUGAAAAUGAGUUGAUCACAAAGCUGGACCAAGAGGUAGAAGGAGGCAGAGGAGAUGAACAAUACAAGGUUCUUCUGGAAAAACUGCUGUUAGAACAUUGCCGGAAGCAUAAGUAUCUCUCCAGCUCUGGGGAAGUCUUCGCGCUUCUGGUUAGCAGCCUCUUGGAGAAUCUGUUGGACUACCGAACCAUCAUGCAUGACGAGAGCAAGGAGAACCGCAUGAGCUGUACUGUUAAUGUGCUGAACUUUUAUAAAGAAAAGAAGAGAGAGGACAUCUAUAUAAGGUAUUUGUACAAGCUUCGAGAUUUGCACCGAGACUGUGAGAACUACACAGAAGCUGCCUACACGCUUCUCUUACAUGCUGAGCUUCUGCAGUGGUCUGACAAGCCCUGUGUACCCCAUUUGCUUCAGAGGGACAGCUACUAUGUUUACACCCAGCAAGAGCUUAAAGAGAAGCUGUAUCAAGAGAUCAUAUCCUACUUUGACAAAGGCAAGAUGUGGGAGAAGGCCAUCAAACUGAGCAAAGAGCUGGCCGAGACCUACGAGAGCAAAGUAUUUGACUACGAGGGCCUUGGCAAUCUCCUGAAAAAAAGAGCAUCAUUUUAUGAGAAUAUCAUUAAGGCCAUGAGGCCUCAGCCAGAAUAUUUUGCAGUGGGAUACUACGGACAGGGCUUCCCUUCUUUCCUUCGGAAUAAAAUCUUCAUCUACCGGGGGAAGGAGUAUGAGAGACGAGAAGACUUCAGCCUGAGGUUGUUGACCCAGUUCCCCAACGCUGAGAAGAUGACCAGUACCACACCCCCUGGGGAGGACAUCAAGUCAUCUCCCAAGCAGUACAUGCAGUGCUUCACCGUGAAGCCAGUGAUGAGCCUGCCUCCCAAUUACAAGGAUAAACCAGUUCCAGAGCAGAUCUUAAACUAUUACAGAGCCAAUGAAGUCCAGCAGUUCAGAUAUUCCCGGCCGUUCUGGAAAGGAGAAAAGGAUCCAGACAAUGAAUUUGCUACUAUGUGGAUUGAACGGACCACAUAUACAACUGCAUAUACCUUCCCUGGGAUUCUCAAGUGGUUCGAAGUGAAACAGAUUUCAACAGAAGAAAUCAGCCCACUGGAGAAUGCCAUAGAAACCAUGGAGCUGACCAACGAGAGGAUCAGCAACUGUGUUCAGCAGCAUGCGUGGGACCGUUCGCUGUCUGUGCACCCACUCUCCAUGCUGCUCAGCGGCAUCGUGGACCCAGCUGUCAUGGGGGGAUACUCCAACUACGAAAAGGCAUUUUUUACAGAAAAAUACGCUCAGGAGCAUCCUGAAGACCAAGAGAAGGUUGAGUUGCUGAAGCGCCUAAUAGCUAUACAGAUGCCUUUGCUGACAGAAGGGAUCCGCAUUCAUGGAGAGAAGUUGACGGAGCAACUCAAACCACUGCAUGACCGGUUGUCGUCUUGUUUCCGGGAACUCAAGGAAAAAGUGGAAAAGCUAUAUGGGGUUAUAACACUGCCACCCAACUUGACCGAACGGAAGCAAAGCCGCACGGGGUCCAUUGUGCUACCGUACAUCAUGUCCUCCACUCUGCGGAGGCUGUCUGUCACCUCAGUGACUUCUUCUGUGAUUUCAACCUCUUCCAACUCAUCUGACACGGCUCCUUCCAGACCAGCAUCUGAUGGGUCAGUCCUAGAGCCGCUUCUAGAGCGUAGGGCAUCAUCAGGUGCCAGAGUUGAAGAUCUGUCCCUCAGAGAGGACAGUGAGAACCGGAUCAGCAAGUUCAAGAGGAAAGACUGGAGUCUAAGCAAGUCCCAGGUCAUUGCAGAGAAAACUCCAGAACCUGAUCUGCUGAGCCCAACCAGAAAAACACAAAGGCCAAAGAGCCUGCAACUAAUGGACAAUCGACUAACCCCAUUCCAGGGGUCUUCCCCUCCUCAGUCAACACCGUUGAGCCCACCACCACUCACUCCUAAAGCUGCCAGGACUCAGAGCUCCCCAUCUUUGCAGACAGAUGGACUGAUGACUGCUUCUGUCCCGCCUCCGCCUCCCCCCAAAAGCAAGCCCUAUGACAGCAGCCAGAGGAACUCUGCAGAGGUUGCUCCCCCUCUGCCUGUCCGAAGAGAAGCCAAAGCCCCACCCCCGCCACCCCCCAAAGCUCGGAAGUCUGGCGUCCUUUCCUCAGAGCCUGGACCUCAGUGAGCGUCCAGCCCUCUCUGGGUGCCUUGGUCAGAUGCUGCCUGGGAACCCGCCUCCAGGAAGCACUGUCCUCAUUUCCUGGGGCUCCAUGCUGACUGCCUUUCCUGAUGGUUCAGCGGGCUUUGUUCCUUCAAAAGCUUCCCUCUGAUGCAUGCAGGAGGCCAGGUCACAUCCCGUCCAGUACAUUUGGGAUUCCAGAGCUGGCCGUGUCCUGUGUGUUUCAGAGGAGAGCUCUCCUUCCCUGUAGGGCUGAGUCUCAGCCUAUACUGAGGAACCACCAAGUCUUUAGAUGCCCAGACCCAUUCUCCCACAGCAGGGCAGCAGCCCAAGCCCCUGCUCUGCAGAGGAAUGUCUUGCUUCACUUCUGAAGAGCUGUGCUGGAGACGUAGCUGGUUUUUUCUCAUCUGGACAUACCUCUUUCAUCUAGAGUUUUGAAAUAGUUGGAUAUCAAAUAUAUCUUAGUAGCUAAAAUAAUCUUGUCUUUCUAAUGUCUACCAUGUCCCUUGAGAGGAAGAAAACACACAUGUUUAAUGCAGAUUGGCUGUUUUCAGGUGUGAGUGGCCACCCUCCUUGAGAACAGACUUACAUGUAAGCCCUGAGCCCUGGGUCUCCCCACCCCUACUUACUGAGGCACAGGGAAGCCUUCCUGCCAACCCACAGCCCCCAAUGGAAUGCCACCAUCCUCCCAGCCAAUGGCCUUGCUGCAUGGCUGUCCCUCCUCAUCUCAGAUCCUUGAAAGUUCUUACUUUUGCACUCACAGUUUUUCUCCUGUUACGUCUCUAAUGCUCUGAUCACUGGCCAUAAUGGACUAAGGCAUGUGGGUUCAACAGCUACUCUCCCACAUUCCCUCUGGAUGACUCAGUGGCCCCAGCCUGCUUCUUGACUUUACCCUGGAGAAUACAGUGCAAUAUUUCUCUUUAUUUAUUCCUCUUGAUGGUAGAGUUAAUUUGAUUUCUUGUGAAUGGUACUAAUGUCAGUGCUCCUUUCAGAAGAAAGAAAAUAGGGUGCUUGGGCUGGCCAACUAUUCCUCACACAGCAAGCCACACGAAGUCACAAGUGUCAGGAGCAGGAAAGGCCUUAAAGUUCAUCCAGACAACCCCCUCCUUGUGUAGAUAAGGAAGCUGAGACUUCGCACAGACAGUUGGACUACAAAUGUUUACUAAUAAUCCAGCAUGCUUCGGGCUACUUUCAGAUCCAGAAAACACCUUGGACAGACUCAUCUUUGAAAUAUCCCAGAGAUUUGUGAACUACUGAGGUAUCUGUGGCAAAGCCAGAAGCUUUGGACUGACUGCUGCAGGGAAGCUCACCUGUGCCGGCCUCACCACCUUGCAGAGAGCAGGGAAAGGGAGUUCACCUGUGAGAAUUUGCAUUCCCCUCUUUGAUUGUGUGCCUUGUUCACCAUCCCCCUUUUAGGAGGGACCUGCAGGUUCCUCGCAGGAAUCGAGGGAGCAGAACCUCUGAGACAUGUGGCGAAUGCUGGUCAAGAAAGCCAACCGCAUAUUCUAAAGGCACGGUGGAGAAGGUCAUUCUUCAUCUUGCCCUGGGGAGGCUUCACCAUGGUGUCACAGGAAAGGCCUGCGCCUUGGACUUGAACCCCUCUGGUUUCCUAUUCCAGCCAUGACACUCUGCAUGCUACCAGAAAGUAUUUGAAAUUGAAAGUUUUCAUCUUCUCACGCUCCAGAAGUGGAGAUGAUAACUCCCACACAGAUUGUUCUAAGGUGCAAAUGAGAUGGAAUAUAUGAAGGAGUGUUUGUCCUUUGUUCUGUACGAGACCUGAGCAAGAUCUGGAGUUCUGGACCAAUGAUCCUCUUUUCUGUGUUGAUUCAAAGUUAUUUGCAAUGUGAAUGCAGGUACAGGUUAGUUCUGCA